AUGGCGCCAGUCGUUCGGGCUCGCCUGGGGGAAGUGGAAGACAGCACACUCACCCAAUUUGCUACGCGCGCCGUUUGCGUGGAGAAUCCGUCUUUACUUGGCAGCUUACUCCUAUGCUUUGCCAUGAGUACAGGCGAUUACAGCCGGUACCUUGGCCCAGUGGAGCGUUGGAUGCUCGCCGACAACUCCUGUACGACUCAUGAGUAUGAUUUUCAGUGCCUCAUGGGGUUAGGUCUCUGUCUGUUUAGUGCCCUCCAGCCGCGCCGUGCAUGGCUGGUCUAUCGCAAAGCCAAUGCCCUGCUGCAGUUAGCGGGGAUCCAUCGAUCGCACCAGCGAUCAGAAUCCCUAGAUCUGAUCUUUUGGCAGCUCUUUGGUGCCGAUCGCUGGGUCAGUCUACUCAUCGGACUCCCCUAUUCGGUACCUGACCAUGUGUGCUACCUGUCGAUUCCCCCUAUCAAUCAAUCGACCCCUGUCACCUUCCAUCACCGGCAUAUGGUUCUCUUAACCGGCCGAGUUAUUGACUGCCUGCAAUCCCCGGUGGGUUACUCAUUUAGUACUGUCGUCAGCGUGGACGAAGAGAUCGAUAAAGCGACAACGCAGCUUCCCCUGCACUAUUUGAGCAUGCCACAUAUCGCUGCAUGCCUUGACGCGGAUGAAAAAAGUGCCCGACUGUAUCGUAUCAUUGAGAUAUUUCAGCUGAAAACCUUCUUAUACCUUCCUCUCUUCUUGCAACAAUGUGAUCGACACAAGGAGUUGGUCCAGAGUCAGAACUCGCGCCAUGGGCGAAAUGCCUGCCUCAGCAGUGCCCAGUCCCUGCUCGAGGCAUAUCUCGCUUUGUAUGACAUGCAACCUAACACUGCGGUCGUGGACAACAGCAUCAAAUUAACUAGCUUUACUGCGCUGGCCGCCGCUGUGGUCUUGUUCUUGAACAUUCUUGCUAGUUCCCAUCCUACCACGGAACCCAUAGCGGAUCCGACGAGGCCUCUGAUGCUGGAGUCUCACACAAUCCUCAUCAACCGAACUGUUGCGGCAUUCGAAGCAUGCUCUGAAGGCGAACCUCAGUCUCUGUGUAGACAGUGUUAUACUGCAUUAACGGAAUUGAUCUCCUGCAGCCGGAUAUUGGGCAAAGGCGAAAGUCGCGAAAUCACGGUCCCAUAUUUCGGCUUGGUGGAAAUCACCCGUGAGAAGCACGUUCCUCUGCACUCUCUGGGGAUUUUUGAAGAUGAUGGAGUCGAACAAGCAAAUUCAACGGUCAAUCCAACCGCGGCUGGGUUCGAUUUCGAUGAGCCGCAUGAUGAGGUCUUCUCUUCAUUGACCGUAGCUGACGAUAUAUUCUUCGCGUACCAUGGCCCCUGGGAGAGUCAUCCGCAAGAGUCAUGUUGGCCGAGUCAAUCUGUGGAAGCUGGUCUCGAUUCACCCAAUGUGGUUUUGGGUCAGUAUCUCACUCCAGAAUUCGGGCUUUGA